UGGCGGCGCCCGGCGCGGGGCCGCGGCGGAGGCGCCCGGGGGGCUCCGGGGACACCCUGGGGACAUCCCUGGGGACACCCCCGGUGACACCUCCGGGGAUACCUCCAGGGACACCCCCGCGCUCCUCCCCGAGCCCCCGGGCACCUUCUGGCUGACCCGCAUCGUGCUGCUGCGCUGCAUCGCCCUGCUGUACCUUGUGGCCUUCCUGGUGGCAUAUCAUCAGAACAAGCAGCUGAUAGGAGAGAAGGGGCUGCUGCCCUGCAAACUGUACCUGCAGAGCAUCAAGAAGUAUUUCAAGGGGAAGAUCAACCUGGAUGCCUUGAGCUAUGCCCCAACAAUCAUCUGGUUUCUGGAUUGGUCUGACAUGGACAGCACCUUGGACCGCCUUGCCCUGCUUGGCCUGGCAAUAUCAGCCUUUGUGUCGGUGACUGGAUGUGCAAACAUGGUCCUCAUGUCCCUCCUGUGGCUUCUCUACCUCUCCUUGGUCAACGUUGGACAGAUCUGGAUGGGAGUCGCAGCUCCUGGAAACGGGAUUCCUGGGGAUAUUCCUGUGCCCUCUCUGGACCUUGUCCCGCCUUCCCCGGCACACUCCUCCUUCCAGCAUCGUCAUCUGGGGCUUCCGCUGGCUGAUCUUCAGGAUCAUGCUCGGAGCGGGGCUGAUUAAAAUCCGAGGAGAUCGCUGCUGGAGAGAGUUAACGUGCAUGGAUUAUCACUACGAGACACAGCCGGUGCCCAACCCCAUCGCCUACUUCAUGCACCGCUCGCCCUGGUGGUUCCACCGCUUCGAGACCCUGGUCAACCACUUCAUCGAGCUGCUGGUGCCCUUCUUCCUCUUCCUGGGCCGGCGCAUGUGCAUCCUGCACGGCCUCCUGCAGAUCCUUUUCCAGGUGCUUCUGAUCAUCAGUGGGAACCUGAGUUUCCUGAACUGGCUGACCAUGGUGCCCAGCAUCGCCUGCUUCGACGAUGCCAGCCUGGCAUUCCUGUUCAGCCCCCGGCGCGGGGCCGUGAGGGAACGGGCGGCGCGGAUGCAGCUCCGACAGGGACAGGGGGAGAAGCUUCCCCUGGGCUGCCACAUCCGCAGGGUGGUGAACAUCUCCUUCGGCCUCCUCCUUGCCUACCUCAGCGUGCCCGUGGUCCUGAACCUGCUCAACUCCAGACAAGUCAUGAACACCUCCUUCAACCCCCUCAGGAUAGUCAACACCUACGGAGCUUUCGGGAGCAUUACCAAGGAGAGGACAGAAGUCAUCCUUCAGGGGACAUCCAGCCUGGAUCCCAACGACCCCACUGCUGUGUGGGAGGAGUUUGACUUCAAGUGCAAGCCUGGGGACUUGAAGAGGAGGCCGUGCCUCAUCUCCCCCUACCACUACCGCCUGGACUGGCUCAUGUGGUUCGCUGCCUUCCAGACCUACGAGCAGAACGAAUGGAUAAUCCACCUGGCUGGGAAGCUGCUGGCCCAGGAGGAGGAGGCCUUGUCCCUGAUGGCCACGAACCCCUUUGCAGGCAGAGAACCCCCCCGGUGGAUCCGUGGGGAGCACUUCAAGUACAAGUUCAGCCGGCCCGGGGGGAAGCACGCCAGCGAGGGCAAGUGGUGGAUUCGGAAGAGGAUCGGGCCCUACUUCCCCCCUGUCAACCUGCAGGGCCUGAAGAAGUUCUAUGAAGACAGGAAUUGGCCAUUCCCCGUGAGGGACUGAUGGAGGAGGACAGGGGGUCACAAGGGACCAGCUGGGGAGAGGGGAGGAGGCAGCUCCCCUUCCAAACUUGUCUUGCCUCUCUGUAUUUUCUAUCCACAUCCCUGUUUACACAUCUGUUAUGGAAGAUUCCCAGCCAACCUGUCCACAUGC